GCUGCACGACCUCCGCCUCCCCUAUCCGUCCCGUCUCCUCGCCCGCCGCCCUCGACUCGCGUCUCCUCGCCUGCCCUGCCGCUGGCAUCCUGCUAGCAGAGGUGGCGCUGGCGUUCUCCUGCUCCCGCCGCAUUCGCUCACCGGUGAGCAUCCUAAUCCAUCCCAUCCGGCCUCGGCCUCGAGUUUCGUCUCCUCGCCUGCCGCUUGCGCCGAUCCCCAUCCUGCGAGGAGAGGUGGCGCCCGGCGUCCUCCUGCUUCCACCGCAUCGUCGCUCGCCGUUCGCUCCGAUGAGGUGGCUGCUCCGGCUGCUCUCCCACGCCGCGGCGGCUGGGAGGGCCACAGCGAGGACCACUGGCAGCCAUGUCGGGGGAUCCAAUGGGUUCGCGAGCGGCUGCGGGGGCGGCGAUGGUACGGUGGUGCCUCGGGAGUGGCUACAGAAGCUGUGAACCGAGGAGUUGAGGAAGCAAAGGGAUGUUGCGAGGCGGUGGGGGCGGCGCGCGGUCGCGACCAGCGACGGCGGCGGUGCGGAUUCGUUCGGCGAUUUCGCCAUGGCGCCGUCGAGGAGCUUCCAACACGACGAUCGGGACCUCACGCCAAUAGAGAAUAGCUGGAUAGGUUUGAAGGGUAUAGGAUAUAGGAUGAAGAUGGAAACCAAUUUUUUGAAUGAACAAGAUGGACACUUUUGUGGGCAGGCCAAACUGAAGCCUCUCCUCUCAAGGGCCAACCUCCUGAUCGCUAGGGACAUAGAAUGGGCAAAUAUCAUGUUGGCUUUUGAGCAGGAGAGUAGAUAUAUCAUAAUGGAUCCGCUCUUUCCUCAAUCACCUGUUGGUUUCAUUCGAGAGAAAAGCAAUGUCAUAUUUAGGCAGCUAUUUCGCUCAAGAAGGCCAUUUGUUGCAGAAAUUACUGAUGCUAUGGGCAAUGAGAUCUUUACGGUUCGACGGCCAUUUUGGCUUAUCAACAGUUCCAUUUAUGCAGAAGUGAAUGGCAAGGAGGUAGGUGUAGUCCACAGACGUUGGCAUCUCUGGCGUAGAAUUUAUGACCUGUACUUAGGGAAUAGGCAAUUUGCUGUGGUCGAGAAUCCUGGAUUUUGGAACUGGACCUUUACUCUCACAGAUGAGGAUGACAAUGUACUAGCCCAGAUUGAUCGUAAUUGGAGGGGAAUCGGUUUUGAGCUCUUCACAGAUGCUGGCCAGUAUGCAAUUCGAUUUGGUGAUGCAGGACUAAACCGUAAAUUUGGUCUCGCUUCAGAUAUCGAUGAACUGCAUGUUGUUCGCCAGUUGACUUUACCUGAAAGGGCUGUUGCACUAGCUCUUGCGGUGUCUCUGGAUUGUGAUUAUUUUUCUAGGAGAGGUGGCUGGGGACUUCCUUUCCUUAUUGCCACAGAGUAGACACAUAUGACCCACUACUCCCUCCGUCCCAUAAUAUAAAGGAUUUUGAGUUUUUGUUUACAACGUUUGACCACUCGUCUUAUUCAAAAAAUUUUAGAAUUAUUAUUUAUUUUAUUUGUGACUUACUUUAUUAUCCACAGUACUUUAAGCACAACUUUUCAUUUUUAUAUUUGCAAAAAAAAAAUUGAAUAAGAUGAGUAGUCAAACGUUGUAAGCAAAAACUCAAAAUUCUCCUUAUAUUGUGGGACGGAGGGAGUACCAUUUUCAAUGCAAGAGGAAAACCAAUGACCUUCGCAUUGUUGAUUAGUGAAGAAACUUAAUGGGUCUACUAUUUUACGCGAUUGAGAUCGUUACCGAAGCACGAAACGUUUUUUUGUGACACUGCAUGUGCUCUGCUAACUUCACCUGCCUGCUAGUACGUGUGAAUUUCGAAAGCUGAUGUCACAAGAAGUUUGAGCUUGACAUCCAGCUCGGUUUCAUUUUGCUACA